CCUAGCUAGUAUACAUUUAUUUCGUGGUACUCGUUGAAAAAGUUGGACGCAACUGCGCGUCUCCAGCGCAGUAAAAGUAAUUAUUUUUAAUUUGUGCUUAAACUAAGUAUUUUUUAAUAAAAAUACAAUUGAAAUAACAGCACACACACAAAGCAGAUACAGAAAAUUCUAUUGAUUUCUACGCUCGUCCAAGAUGGCGGACGACGAGCAAUUCAGUUUGUGCUGGAAUAAUUUCAACACAAAUCUGUCUGCUGGUUUCCACGAAUCGUUAUGCCGUGGAGAUCUAGUAGAUGUUUCGUUGGCUGCGGAGGGGCAAAUUGUGAAGGCGCAUCGUUUGGUGUUGUCCGUCUGCUCGCCUUUUUUCCGCAAAAUGUUUACGCAAAUGCCAUCGAAUACCCAUGCCAUCGUUUUUUUAAAUAAUGUCAGUCAUUCGGCAUUGAAAGACCUGAUUCAGUUUAUGUAUUGCGGUGAAGUAAACGUUAAACAGGACGCCCUUCCAGCCUUCAUAAGCACAGCAGAAUCGCUGCAAAUAAAGGGGCUGACAGAUAACGAUCCUGCGCCGCAGCCUCCACAGGAACCCACACCCCCACCAGCCGCACCUCAUGUACAACAACAACAACAACAAAUCCCCGCCCAGCGUGUACAACGUCAACAGCCUCGCGCCUCUGCUCGGUACAAAAUUGAGACUGUUGAUGAUGUUCUGGGCGAUGACAAGGCCACCACACAAAUUGUCAUCCAGACAACAGCCGCACCACAAGCCACCAUCGUACAACAACCCCAACAGCAGCAGCAGCAGCACAUACAAACGCAGCAGCUGCAAACGGGAACCACAACAACAGCUACGCUGGUGUCGACAAACAAACGUUCGGCGGCCCAACGGGGCAGUCUGAUUGGCACAGGUGCUGUUAAGCGCUCAAAGACAACCACCACAAGUAGCACCACCACCGCCAACGUAAUUGACCCACUGGAAUCGACAACGGACACGUCUGCCAAUGCAGCAACUAGCACACAGCAGCUGGGAACACAACAGAUAACCGUGCAGACAACUGUGGUGGCUGGUGAUACGAAAGUGCAUCAGGUGCGCCAGCAGCAGCAGCAGCAACAACAACAGCAGGCUGCCGCACAAGAGGAAGCUGAAUAUAUUGAUCUCCCAAUGGAAUUGCCCACAAAAUCAGAGCCAGACUAUAGCGAGGAGCAUGCCGAAGUAGCGGGCGAUGGCGAUACAGCCUACGUAGAGGAUGAUACCUACGGCGAUAUGCGCUACGAUGAUAGCUAUUUUACCGAAAACGAAGAUGCCGGCAACCAAACCGGUGGAAACACAAGCACCAGCAUCGCAGCCACCACAUCAAAGGCUGUUGUCAAGCAACAGUCGCAAAGCUAUAGCGAUUCCUCGUUUGUCGACACCGGCGCGGAUCAAGGCAACACAGAGGCUCAAGUUGAUGUCAAAGUGGAGCUCAGUUCAGAGGCAUCAGCGACUCCUACGCGUGUGCCGGAGACCGACGGUUGCUUGGCCGCCUUUGCUGCUGCGUAUUUAAGCGAUGACGAUACAAUGGCUAUAAGAAAACCGUAUACGCUGCCAAAAAUACUUGACGGUAAGUUUUAUAAGAAUAUACAGCCCAAUCAAAAGACGCCCGGCGCCAUACAGGCCACCUGCACCAGUUGUUACGGCUUGAUCUCGGGAACUACCAAGUCGACGGGCAAUUUCCUCAGCCAUAUCAAGCGACGCCACAAAGAGCUGUUGCCACUCUGUCAACUCUACUGUCAAGCCAAGAGCAAUCUCAGUGGGAGCGGAAAUUUAAAUAUCAAACCUGUCAUACAUAAUGCAAUGUCUAGUGCCAUGGAGCAGCAGCAGCAGCAACAGCCACCGCCGCCGCCGCUGCCUCAAGCAUAUGCAACGACCACAGCUCAUUUGACAAUGCCCAUGCCGCUGGCAAUGCCGAUGUCUAUGCCGGUGACCGUGCAGGCACCGCAAAUGAUGGCGCUGAUGCAUCAUCAGCAUCACAGGCAACAGCCAGGCACGUCGAUGCCGCAGCUGCAAGCGAUUGGUCCUGGCCAUGGUGCUGUCUACAUUAACAAGGAGUACUAGCCAAGGCUGCGUUGG